AUGGCGUCGCGGCGCUGUGCCGCUGCAUCAUCGUUGCCGGCUGCAGCAGCGGCAGCGUCGUCGUCGUCCGCGCUUGCAGUUGGCCGCAGCAGCACGUCUGCAUUCGUGAGGGCAAGUUCGCUGCACACUUCGCGGGUGGCGUACGAGCUGCAGAAGUUCGCCAUGCCCGCCAUGUCGCCCACGAUGACCGAAGGAGGCAUUGCCGUGUGGAAGAAGCAGCCUGGCGACAAGUUCUCUGCCGGUGAUGUCCUCCUCGAAAUUGAGACGGACAAAGCGACGAUGGAUGUAGAGGCCCAGGAGGACGGUGUUCUGGCAAAAAUUAUUGUCGGGGACGGAUCCAAGAACGUCAAAGUGAAUUCUAUCAUUGCCAUUACGGCUGAGGAAGGUGAUGAUCUCUCGGGGGCGGAUGCCCUCGCAGCAGAGGCGGAAACGGAAGCACCCGCUGCUUCGGCAUCCGAUGAGCCCGCGCCAGCUAAGGAGGGGUCAAGCAGCCCGGCACCCGAGGCAUCCAAGCUUGCGGCAUCGACCCCUGCUCCAUCCAGCGACAAGCCCACAGACCGGAUCUUCGCAUCGCCUCUGGCGCGAAAGAUUGCACAGGAGAAGGGUGUGCCGCUGGCACAAGUUAAGGGAACAGGCCCGAACGGCCGCAUCACAAAGUCGGACGUAGAGAAUUUCAAGCCCGCUGCCUCCUCCUUUGCAACGUCGCCAUCUGCAGUUGCGCCGGCCCCAGGAAAGGUAGCGACCCCUCCACCUGCGUCUGGGUCAGUGACAGCAGACUACACGGACAUUCCAGUCUCGUCGAUGCGACGCGUCAUCGCGCAGAGGCUGACCGAGAGCAAGCAGGGCCUGCCGCACUACUAUGUCUCGAUCGACAUCGAGAUGGACCGCGUGCUGCAGCUGCGUGAGGUGUUCAACCAGGCUGCCAUCGAGAAGGCCGGGUCGGCGAAUGCGGACAAGGCCAAGAAGGCGAAGCUGAGCGUCGGAGACUUUAUCACCAAGGCUGCGGCUGUCGCGCUGCGCGAGGUGCCGGACGUGAAUGCUGCGUGGUAUGGCGAGGUUAUCCGGCAGCAUCACAAGCAGGACAUCUCAAUUGCCGUCGCCACGCCCACGGGCCUGAUCACGCCGAUCAUCAAGGAUGUCGGCGGCAAGGGCCUGACGAGCAUCUCGGCGCUGACCAAGGAGCUGGCGAGCAAGGCGCGCGAGGGCAAGCUCAAGCCAGAUGAGUACCAGGGCGGGACAUUCACCAUCUCCAACAUGGGCAUGUUCGGCAUCACGCACUUUACCGCAAUCAUCAACCCGCCGCAGUCGGCCAUCCUCGCCAUCGGCGGGACCGAGCCGAGGAUCGUGCCGGACGAGGGGAGUGAGCAGGGAUGGCGCAAGGCUCAGAUCAUGCAGGCUACCAUUAGUGCGGACCACCGCACCGUCGAUGGCGCGACGGCUGCCAAGUGGAUGAAGGCAUUCAAGGACGCGCUUGAGAACCCGCUGAGUUUCAUGCUUUGAAGCUAGCGAGAGACUCGCUCGCUACAUGCUCGCAUGCACUGCCUCGCGGUCUCUUUUGCACACCCCAAAAGCCCAACCGAGAAGCGACAUUCCUCACAUCUGAUUCGCACAUUAUCCCCCCGCACACGUCAUCUUGUACUUAGCCCACCCUCCGCAAUGAUUUUCCCCGCC